AUUUUUCCUUCGCCGCUAUAUAAGGAGAGACCUUACUCCCCUCGUAAUUCAAUUCAAUUCAAUUCUUCUCUCUCGCAAUUCGCAAACCCUAAGCUCCGCUAAACUUUUCUGAAUUAUACUCUGUCAAGAUGGUGAUGCAAAUCUACGCAAAGACUCUUCAAGAAAAAACCAUAACCCUUGACGUUGAAAGCUCAGACACAAUCGAUAAAGUCAAGGCAAAGAUACAGGAGAAAGAAGGAAUUCCUCUGGACCAACAAAGGCUCAUCUUUUCCGGUAAACAGCUAGAGGAUGGCCGUACUUUGGCUGAUUACGAUAUCCAAAGAGAGUCUACCCUCCACUUGGUUCUCAGGUUGAGAGGUGGUAUGCAAAUCUUUGUAAAGACUCUUACUGGCAAGACCAUAACCCUUGAGGUUGAAAGCUCAGACAUCAUUGACAAUGUCAAGGCCAAGAUCCAAGAUAAAGAAGGUAUUCCUCCUGACCAGCAAAGACUUAUUUUUGCCGGGAAGCAGCUCGAGGAUGGCCGUACUCUGGCUGAUUACAGUAUCCAAAAAGAGUCAACUCUCCACUUGGUUCUCAGGUUAAGAGGUGGUAUGCAGAUAUUCGUCAAGACUCUUACCGGUAAAACCAUUACCCUAGAAGUUGAGAGCUCAGACACCAUUGACAAUGUGAAGGCAAAAAUUCAAGACAAAGAAGGGAUCCAACCGGACCAGCAGAGGCUAAUCUUUGCCGGGAAGCAGCUCGAGGAUGGUCGGACUUUAGCUGACUACAACAUUCAGAAAGAGUCAACUCUUCACCUUGUUCUACGUCUCCGCGGUGGAAGCUUCUGAACAAGAACUUUGGCGGUUAAUGCUGAUCACUUAAGUCUUUUCAUGCUUUGCUUUUUUUUCCAGUUUUUUUUUUUUCCAGUAAUGUCGGAAUUUCGAUGGGCUCGUAAAUGGGCUUUUACUCUUCGACUUCAAAGUCUUAUACUAAAUCAUAAUCAAUUUUAGAGUUGGGAUCUUAUGACG